AUGUAUAUUCCGAGGAGAACGACAACUUACAAUGCGGAUGCAGCAGAGUCUAGUUCGUCGACUGGACACACACGGAUCCGCACCCCAAGCAUACGCCGUCAGCUCUCUUCCUGCUUGACGGAAGCAUCAGUUCGCGACGACGUGUACUCCUCUGCCUUGACCGAGUCGUCCUCUGCAUUGACCGAGUCGUCUACUUCCUUGAGCGAGUCGUCUUCUUCCUUUAGAAAGGCGCCUCUCGACGAGGAGUUGACGCAGACAGUGGAGUCGCCAACUGGCAUAGGCUUGAGAUCCUCCGCAGGCAUCGCUAGUAGGCCUGCCGGGAGCGGUUCGACCUUCAUCUUUGCGUCGACAAGGUCUGCCUUCAUCGUCCCGUCGACCACCUCCGCCUUCAUCCCCGCGUCGACCGAGUCCGCCUUCGCUCGCAGGAUCUCGAUCUCCGCCUCCAAGCUGCGCGUAUCCACCAACGCGAACGCAGAGGUAUCCGACCGGCCGGCCUUCGAGUCCUCCACGCACGUCUUGAGGUCGGAGAAGGCCUUGAUCUUGGCGGGCAUCUGGGCAAGGUGUAAGUCGGCGAUGAUGGGAGAUGCACGCGACAUAGUGAUCGGAAGAGCAUUCGUGAACUAG